AUGCAUGCCCUGAUGGCGUACUCUGACGAUAUCGAUAGUGUCACCGUGCGGAUGCAUGUGGCUGACUCCUACUAUGCUGGCACGGACUACCGUAUCUUCUUUGCCUUUGGCGAUGCCGAAAGCACGUUUGGGGGCAUCUGGAGCCAGAUAUCCACUGUCCGGGAAUUUGCUGAUAGAGGCGUGCAACAGUAUAAUAAUAUACUGAAGGUCUUCGACGGGCCCUCCCGAGGUGAUCAAGCAGAGGUCAAGUUCGACUUGACGAAAGCCUUUCAGAAGGACCGCGUGUCAGUGAGCGACCUAAGUAAUUGGACUCCAGGUAUAGGCCAGAUCGUGUGGAAAGGGCAGCUGGAACUGGACAAAUGGGUUGAUCAAGACCAGAAACCCUUGAGCAUUGACGAGCCAAGUACCGAAGCAGGUUCUUGUCCCCGGUUCUCCGGAAAGGGGGCAGUUAUCGGUAAGCGGCAAAAUGAAGGUGAGAAUACGCCACCAGAGUGGGAUGUGUGGGGGGCAUUUGAAGAGGCCAAGAAGCAUCUUGAGGCGAAUACCCAAGUAGGACGGAAUCGUUACCCACAUCAGUUCAACAAUCGCGAGGCGCUGCAGAUCCCCGAGGAGUUUAGGAACCGACGUCUGCAGGAGUUUCCCAUUCUGCGUGGACAGACUUACUCCGGCCAGGCCCCAGGAGCGAUGCGUGUGAUUCUCGCUCAGGUGGGUAAUGAUUGGAUGCUUGCUGGCGUUAUGAGACACCCAACAGGACGUGGCAAUGCAUUUGAGCUGUGUCAGGAAUGGGGCAAUGCUUAUAUGGCACAAUGCUGGCCCAACGGGCUUGACACUCUUCAACAUCUGGAGUAUCCCGGGUGUGAUCGUGCAUAG